AUGGAUCGUUUUUCUUGGUGCGAUGGGAGUCUUUACCCCGAUGAAACUCUCGUUGAACAACAGACUGGGGUAGCAGUAUAUGAUGGCCAGGAUAAGACUGCUUUUAGUAAUGGCAUUCUCAUGCUUACAACUCACCGGCUACUUUGGAGAGACCAAAGGAAUCGGAAUUGUGUGAUCAGUCUUCCUCUGGCAAGCAUCUCCAACCUUGAAGAACAGCCAUCUAGUUUCACUAAAAGUGCAAAAAUUAUUGUCCAUCUACUACCAGCCAUUCCUGGGAGACCACCAGGUCCAGUGACUCAUAGCUCUCACAGCUACAUUCGACUCUCAUUUCGGGAGUUGGGGCAAGAACAGUUUCUUCGUGCAUUGAAGGAGGAGCUGAAGAAAAAGAAGUGGGAAGAAUAUGUUCCACCAAUACCUUCAUCUAGUGUUACAUCCAACCCUUCUGGUCUUCUACCACGACAGCGACCCGGAAUUGUUGGUAUUGAGAGGUCAAUACAGCAGAGAAAUAAAGAGACAAACAAAAAUGUUUCACAGGCAUUUCAUGAUCUUAAGAAUUUAAUGGACAAGGCUAAGGACAUGGUAGCUUUGAGUAAGACAAUUGCAAAUAAGAUUAAAGACAAGCAAGGGGAAAUGACUGAAGAUGAGACUGUGAGAUUUAAGUCCUACCUUCUGAGUAUGGGUAUCCCAAAUCCUGUGACAAGAGAGACUCAUGGAACAGGCGAUAAAUAUUAUACAGAGUUGGCGAGAGAGUUGUCUCAACUGCUGACCAAACCAAUAGAGGAGAGUGGAGGAAUGAUGACUUUGACUGAUGUUUACUGUCGAAUCAACAGAGCAAGAGGCAUGGAGCUUCUGUCACCUGAAGACCUUUUGCAUGCCUGUGAAGUUAUGGAGAUGCUGAAACUUCCACUAAGGUUGAGAACAUUUGACAGUGGUGUGUCUGUUCUUCAGGCAAGAAGCCACAGUGAGGAAGAGAUAGCAACAAAAACAACUAACAUGGUUCUAGAGCAAGGUCCUUUGACAUCGGAGCAGUUAGCUCAGAUUGUAGGCUUGUCUGUUGUACUGGCCAAAGAAAGGUUAUUACUGGCAGAGAAGAAUGGAGGUGUUUGUCGUGAUGAAACCAUUGAGGGACUCAGAUUCUACCCAAACUUAUUUUUAACACAGGCAUAG